ACAAAAGAUCGCUGUGUCGCACCAUUUUCACAAUUCGUCAACACAACAAAAGAAAAAAAAACAUUCAAAGACAGCACAAAAAAAAAAAAAAACACAUAAUCCAAGCUUCAGUUUCUAGUGACGGUUUCUGUUGUGUUACUUUGUUCAUCAUCUUCUCACCGACGCAACUAUCUUUCCCAUUUUGCCCUUAUAGGAUAACCCUUUUGCUCUAUGCGUGGAAAAGUUGUGAUUUUUCCGUGGAUCCUGUGUUGGGGACCAGGAUAAGAAGAAGAUUUCAACAAUGGUGGUGUUUGAGAUUUUAGGGUUUCAAGGUUUGGUUUAUUUGCUGUUAGUUUUGGGUUUUGUGGUGAUUCGUUAUGUUUGGAGAAAUGCUGAAGAGAAGAGAGAAGAGGUUAUGAGGUUGGUACAAGAUACUACUGCUUCUAUGACUCAUAUGGAAGCUUAUUCUGAUUCAGAUGAAAUUUCAUUUUCACCUUCAAAUUCAGCUUCUUUUGAAUCAUCCAAUUCAGUUUCAUUUUCUCAUGGGUAUCAAUGUGCUGUUUGUUAUUCUCCUACCACCAUGCGUUGUGCUCGCUGCAAAGCUGUUAGAUACUGUUCGGGUAAGUGUCAAAUUAGUCACUGGAGACAAGGUCACAAGGAUGAAUGUUGUCCUUCAAUUACCACCACCAGGGAGGUCAACAACGAGAAUGUUACAUCUAGGGCAUCAGCAUCAGGAACAGAAUUUGAUCUUCAUGAAAGCAAAGGAAAUCAUGUUAGUGUUGGAUCUUACAACGAUUCACAUUCCAACAUUAAUCCUUCUGUUGCUGCAAGAGAAUCAUUGGAUGAUAACCGUCACGAGACUCAUGACUCAUUUACGAAACCUGUCAGUGAUAAUACUGCUAAUGACACAUCUGUAGCUUCCACCGACAACGACGGAACCGUGUUGCACUCCUCAUUUCCUUUGGAAUCUAAAAAUCCUGUCAAUAUUGAAGUUAAGAAUUCUAGUUCAAGUAAAAGAAGCAAGAAAAAGUCUAGCAACACUACCGAUGAGACUGGAUUUGAAUCAAAAGUUCCAAAAGCUAAAUCCGACACAUAUCAUGAUGAGGCAUCAAAGUGGGGUGGCCAUCAACACAAAAGAAGAGUUUCAUUUGUUGAAAAACCAAUAACAGAUACUUCUAAGUGCAGGACUGUGCCUUCCUUGAGUAAUUCAAAUACCGAUGUUCUAGCUGACAAUGUGGAAGAAUCGCAUUUGUCCAGGUACAAAGAAGCACGGAGAUCAUCAUGUAGUUCUCGUGAUCGAAUAUCUUCAACUACUAAGGAGGAUUUGAUUUCACAUUCCAAGUCUACGAAAACUGACAAUUAUCAUGCCUUGCCUUCAAAAGUCAGCGUUGUUCCAAAUCUUCAACAAAAUGUUCGUAAUGGUUUGAAAACAUCAAUGCAGAAAGUUGUCCAGCAGUUUAGAAGCUCAAAAGAGUCAAGAUCCAAUCUAACAUCUGUUGAAAAUGAGUUGGGCUUUCCUUAUGAACUUUUCGUGGAACUUUAUUGUUAUGACAAGGUGAAACUAUUUCCCUUUGGCCUUACAAACUGUGGGAACAGCUGUUACGCUAAUGCAGCACUCCAAUGCUUGGCGUAUACUCAGCCUCUAACAUCGUAUCUUUUGCAAGGGUUCCAUUCGAAACGAUGUCAGAAGAAGGGAUGGUGUUUUAUGUGCGAGUUUGAAUAUCUAAUUCAGAAGGCAAAAGAAGGGACGUCUCCACUUUCUCCAAUUGGGAUAUUAUCUAAGAUACACAAGAUUGGAAGUCAUCUUGGACAUGGGAGAGAGGAAGAUGCACAUGAAUUUUUGAGGGGUGCAGUUGAGACUAUGCAAUAUAUUUGCCUCAAGGAAGCCGGUGUAUCAAGUCCUUUGACAGAAGAAACAACUCUCAUUGGAUACACUUUUGGAGGAUAUCUACGAUCUAAGAUAAAGUGCUUAAGGUGCCUGGGGAAAUCUGAGAGGUAUGAGAGAAUGAUGGAUCUUACUGUUGAGAUUGAUGGAGAUAUUGAAACUUUGGAGGAGGCUCUUGGACAAUUUACAGCGCCUGAAAUAUUAGAUAAAGAUAAUAAGUAUAAUUGUGGCAGAUGUAAAUCGUACGAGAAAGCCAAGAAGAAGUUAACGGUACUGGAGGCACCAAAUAUUCUUACAAUCGUAUUAAAACGAUUUCAGUCUGGUAACUUUGAGAAGUUGAAUAAGUCAGUUCAGUUCCCAGAAGUCCUGGAUAUGACUCCAUACAUGAGUGGAAGAAAGGAUAAAUCUCCAUUUUACAGUCUUUAUGCAGUGGUUGUCCAUUUGGAUAUCAUGAAUGCUUCAUUUUCAGGCCAUUAUGUUUGUUAUGUGAAGAACAUUCAAGGAGAAUGGUUCAGGACUGAUGACAGCAGGGUAGAACCUGUCGAAUUGUCAAGAGUCUUAUCAGAAAGCGCAUACAUGCUUCUUUAUGCAAGGCACUCUCCGAAACCCCUGGGUUCUGUAAGUAGCAAUGCAACCUUUUCAACUGGAAAGUUCAAGAGGAGAAGCUUGGAAGCCAUUCCUGCUGUUUCUAAGACGCGGUCGAAUUCCAUGGCUACAAAUGCUGAUUCUCCCUCCGUACAGCAGAAGCAGGGACAGCACUCUCACCGGAAUGCCGUUGAUGAUUCCUUUAGCAAUGAAUCUGUCCCAGAAGAAUGGAGAUUCAACUAUCGGGGAAGAAAUACUAUGGUGGAUUCUGCUAGCGAAAGCUCAGUUUUCAGCUCUUCUGAUGCAAGCUCUUGCAGUACUGCAAGUACUAAGGACUCGGCUAGUACUGCUGACUUUUCAGAUUACAUUUUUGGUGAAGCAGGGUCCAAUUGGCAUGGCCAGUAUGGAAUUUCUUCCAACUCGGCUGCAUCUUCUUCCUAUGAUAACUUGCAUACAGAUUUUUCAGUGGACAAUGAUGCUGAUAGGAGGCUCCAGCAAAACUCGGAAGAUAAAGCAAUUUUGUAUGCUAACAAAAACAAAAAUCAUAGUGGUAGAUGGGGAAUUGACCUUAAAAAAUUUGUCACUGCUAAGCACCAUGACAAAAGUUCUGCUGUACAUGUGAGAAGAACAAGUAGAGAUGCAUCAGCUCAAACAUUUUAUUGAGUUUGAGUUGAGAUAGAAUCAAACAUCUGGAAUAUUUUUGGUACAGUGAAAAUCAAUAUUUCACUAAUAUAAGUAGAAUGAGAGAAUUCUUGUUUUGAUGUUCAGUAUUAGCUCAAGAAUUCUUGUGUACAAGUAAGGAUGAAUAACAAAUUGAGAUGCAGUAGCUCAAACGUUUUGUUGAGUUUGAGUUGAGACAUCAAUCACCUCUAAUAAUUUUUGGUACAGUGUAUAUCAUUAAGUGCUUCUCUACCUGUUUAUGUUCA